AUGAAUCAACACGCAAGACCACCACAAAUGCUUGUAGACAGCGUAAAUCCUGGAAAUGUCCGACAGGUAGUAGUACUCCCGUGUUCGGUGCCGUACUGCGAGCGCUCAUUCAGCAACAGCUUCUCGCUGGACGAGCACCUCAAAAAGCACGCGGGCGGGAAGCGCCACAUCUGCCCGAUACGUACAUGCGGCCGUCGUUUUAGUACUGAGGGCAACCUCUCGCGCCAUAAGCGCCUGCACGGCCCCAUCAUAUCGCUCAAAUGUCCUGUUGUCGGCUGCAUCUGCACAUUCCGGAGCGAGAACAAGCUAUCCAAGCACAUGAAGUUUCAUUUGGGCAGCCCCGUACACGUGUGUCAGUCGCCCACGUGUGGUAGGACCUUCAGCACCACUGGCAACUUGAACCGACACAUGAAGACGCACCACCCGGAGCUGAAUAUAAGGAAUACCAUGCCUAUGACCGUCACUGCCGUGCCGCCGCUACAGAGAGCCCAUGACAGCCCUAUCGGCUCGGAUGAGUUGCUGCCAUCCACAUGGAGUUUGUCGACUUUCAAUAGAGCUCCGUCCAGUCCGACAUCCAGUUGUUCUUCGUGUGCUUUACCAAUGAUGUCAUCGACGUCAAGCCUGAGGCCGCCAAACAUCACGUUCGACUCGAAGCAGUUUGACGCUCUCGUGUCAGUUUUGGACGAGCAGUUGAAAGUCGAGCACCUAAAACCAAACGUCAUAAAAAGUGACGAUCAUUUGGUGGAGCAGUUGGCAAUGACACGACCGAGUGUGCUCGAUGACAUGAUUCGCUUUCACAUGGAUCACCUGUAG